GAAAGUGAGGUCAGCGGCCACUGCGCUCCAAAUGGAUAUAAUGGAAGGGAAGCGGAGUCUGACAGCACAAGAAGAGCGUCGGUUGAAGCUUCUUGAAUAUUUGGAAGCAAAAGGGAAGCUAAAGCCUCAAGACAACUGCAAGCCAUAUCUUAAAGAUUGCACCAAUCUACAGAAUAAAAGACCACAAGCGUCUUCUAAACAGAUCUGUGAGACAAAGAAAUAUGCUUCAAAUAAAGCUUCACACUUUGCUUUUGAAUCGAAAAAGAGCAAAACCUCAAAUGCCGGACCACUUCUACAUAAAACAAGCUCCGGAAAGAUACCUGCGCAGCAGACUGUCUCAUCCAACAAACCGGUGGAUAAAAUGUCAUCCCGAAACCCUCUGCCACCUAAAGGCAGUCUACCAAGAGCGAGACCGGAACAGAUCGGAGGAAGGACAUUACAAGCCUCUCUUGUACCCAAGUCCAAUGCUAGAAAGCAGGGAAGAAGUGAAGAGUCGGACGUCAAAUUAACUGUUAUUUUGACAAAAAAACAACCUAGAGAUAAACCUGAAAUCUGUGUGAUGGGCAAGACAUCUACUAUGAGAGGCCAGCCGGGGCCGCAGCCUAAGAAGAGAGAGCAGAGCCUAUCUCAGUCUAAGCAAAUGCCUGCAACUAAAGCCAUGACACAGGCCACGAAGGCAAAAAUCCUCCAAGAGUCUCAGCCUCCAUCCGGGAAGCCUCCGUCCGUGGCCGGCAGUGGACACAUCCGCAUAGUUUCUAGAUUAAGCCUGCCUGGAGCGAAAAGUAAGAGUGCAAGCGAAAGAAGUUUCCUGAUUAAGUCUUCAAGGAACGAUGGUGUGAGACAGCCGCUGAAUGUGCCCGAGGAUCGGUUGGAGGGUAAUUCUAAAAAACAGACCUGUUCUACCAAACAUCUCGCAGCUGCACAGGUGACUUCCUCCACCACCACGGUCCAUAGGAAGAUCAGCACCAACCCUGUCUCUGCGCCAAAGAUAAGACCACACCGUUUGGAUUCCUCCUCCAAGACAGUGUCCAAUCGUCAGAGUACCCACUUGCUGAAUAAACAGGUAGCUCCUCGAAAAAGCGCGGGACCCACUGGAUGCAAAAAAGCAGUAGAUGGAUCCAAGGAUGAGUACAAUAGAAAGACUCUGCAACAACGUGCAACUAAGGAGGCCACCACAAAGCCUUCCCUCCUGACAACCACUGACGCCACCAUACGACCACAGACUCCCAGGAUGACUGCAGAUGACCGCAAAAAGAAGCUAGAAGAGUGGCUGAGCUCUAAAAGGAAGACUUACAAGAGGCCGCCCAUGAUCCUGCCACCAAAGAGGCCACCCACUGCGAAAAAACAAAACCCUUGUAACCGCUCUUUGUGGGAGGGCAUCGAGGACGAGGAGGAGCUGCUGUCCCUGUCCAACAAAAUCCGCCAGACACUGAGCGAGUGCCUAGAACUCAUCGAGAAGGGAAUUUCGGGAGAGGAUAUUCAUGCCACGUUGGACAACAUCCCCGAGGCAAAGAAGUUUGCAAAGUACUGGGUGUGUAAGGCGAGGCUGUUAGAAAGGGAUGGCGUCUGUGACGUUAUUGACAUGUACAAACAAGGGGUCCAGUUUGGAGCUGCGCCAAUAGACGAGCUGAGGGAGGUUGUGUUUGACAUCAUGAAGAACAAAAGCAAGAAGACGAAAGUGGUCACGUUUGGUCCUCUGCCAGCUGAGGAGGUGAUGGAGAAUGAGAACCACAGGGACAUCCCAUUAACUCCAUUUACUAACCGUACAGAAGAGGUGAAGACACCCUGUACCGGAGCAAGUAUAUAUGACCAUGGCUCUGCUGUGAAGCUCCAGAUUACAUCUUUUUCCAGUAAAAAGAAGAAUCCCGGGAGUGGCCAAGAAUGGAAGCGACUCACUCCAGUGAGGAGAUCAGUCCGGAUCCAUCACUCGGCAUCUCAGUACCCAGAGGUGGUACAGGAACAGGACACUGUGGUGUCCUCUUUGGAGGAGCUCCUGGACAAGGCUGAUACAGAUGCCUACUUAUACAUGAAGAAUGAGGCACUGCCGGAGGAGGCAGAGCACAAUGUCAUUGGCUUGAUGAAGACAGAGGAUCAACAGGACCCCACAGAGGAUCAACAGGAAGGACCAGUGUGAAAACAGCAGUGCCCGGUCAUGUCAGCCAUGUGCAUGUCUGUGUUAUUCGGGCCGUCUGUUCCCAGGACCUCUGGUGGCUUCCAUUAAACAGGAGAACAUUAGCGAGAGGCUAGUGCCAUCUGCUGGCGAUCAGGAUCCUGUGCAUAAUGAUACUAUACAUGAAAUACCUACAGUACCUUGUAACACGCGUUUAUAUUUCAUGUAGCAGAUACUGCUAUACCGCUGUCUGUAUGAAAGACGCAUUGCUUCAUUCUUUUUUUGUAAAAUAUUGCCUUACUUUGCACAUUGCAAAUUUUUAUAUAGGAUGUGGAAUGCAAUCAUAGGAAUGUAUUAGGCCUC